CCCACUCAGACGCACCGAAAUGAACCGGGUACUGCAAAUUUUUCCUUAUCAUGUCGCUGUCUGUAGAUCGGGGCGGGCUACUAUGAGUCCUUCCACUGCAAGAAAGCAUUGUGCUUCAUCAAACAACAAGAAACCUUUCCGACAAAUACCCCGUAUUCCAGCGCUGCCACUUAUCGGAAGUUCAUGGAUAUAUUGCCGUUUUUUACGAAACGGUCAUCCUGAUGAAAGGCACAAAGUCUCCAUGGAAAUGUACAGAAAGUAUGGCCCCAUUUUUGUAGAGAGGCUGCAGGGAAGGCUUUCAGUGGUGCACAUUGUCAAAGGCACAGACAUACGAAUACUGCACAAGGAAGAAGGCAAGGAACCGUUCAGAUUGGGAGCGGCGCCCUUAAAGCAGUAUCGCGAAUCCAGGCCCCAGUACUACGCAAACGUCGGCCUUUUGAAUCUCCAAGGAAAAGAAUGGCUAAGUGCCCGGUCGAGAAUGCAGCCUCACAUGCUGAAAGUUCGAGCAGCCAAUUCUUACCUUCCAAUCAUGCACAGAAUAUCUGAUGAAGCUCUCAGUCUCCUUGACGAGGUCGUGGAUGCAAACGGCUGUGUAAAAGACUGCUUCUACAUCUUCCGUCGAUGGGCCCUGGAAACUGCCCCCGGCGGGAUUCGCUCCCGCUACCUGCGGGCAGCAGCCGAGUACCUUAUCGCCACUAUACAGCUGUGGCGAGGCAUCCUAGGGCGCACACAUCGACAUAUCGAUGCAGCAGCUCGCCGAAUAGAGGAGGAAAAGCUGGUGAGCAAAGCAACUAUUCUGCGAAAUCUGCUACUUGAAAAGAAGUUGACGUUUGGAGAAAUCUUCACCUAUACUAGCGAUUUUAUACUGGCAGGUGUGGACACCACUGCUUUUGCAAUGACCUGCUUGCUGUUUCAAUUAGCGAAGAACCAAGAAGCUCAGAAAAAAGUACGCCAAGAAGUUCAGGCAGCUGUUGAAGAGAACUCACGUACUAUUAUGCCUGAACCGGAAAACAUGCCGUUCCUACAGGCGCGCCUUAAGGAAAGCCUGAGGUUGAUGCCUCCUUCUCCUGGAAUCUACAGAGUAUUAGACCACGAUGUUGUAAUGUCAGGCUACGUUGUGCCAGCUGGGGUGCCAAUCUUUAUAGAUUACUACGUGGCUGGGCGCAUCACUGAAAAUUUCGACAAUCCGGAGCUUUUCUUGCCUGAACGCUGGCUAAAAGUGCAGCGAGAAGACUUACACUUUGACAGAUACGCUUCCCUACCGUUCAGCUUUGGACCGCGCAUGUGUCCGGGUCGAACAAUGGCAGAGCUGCAGCUGUGCCUCCUUGCAUCCAAGAUUUUGCUGAAGUACGAGGUUCACUGUGACAAAGAAGACAUGGAGUUUCAUCGACGUUUGGGAAAUGUACCAAAUGAGUCAGUUGACUUUUCUUUCAAAAGAAUUCCUUUGCCAGCUUUCCUAUAGGUUGCUACGUAACACCUACCAUACUUCGCGAAGAAUGCGAGAUGCUACAGGGUGAUGAUGUCCUAUCAUGAUGCCAUGUACUGAAAAUAAUUUAGUCGGGACUAUUUCUCAGUGGAUCACAUAAAACAUAUUUCGGUUGCGCAUGAAUAAAAGCACAAUACCUUUCAUUGAGAAAGCGCAAGGGAAAACCA